UUCACUUAGUUCUGCGCUUCGAUUGCUCGAGAUGAUCGCUGCUACGUUUUGCUUUUACCUGGUGCUGCUUGCCGCAUUUCUGAUCCUGAUGGCACCCACUUCGGAGGCAUGUUUCAUCCUGAUGGCCUGCCUCCUGCGCUCGCCGCUGUGUCCCUACAACACCACUGCCGCCGGAUGAUAGGUGCUUUGAAUCAGAUCCUCAUUUAAUAUAAUCCUAAUAAUAUUGCGCAUAAAAACUGUUUUGCAUUGAAAA